AUGGCAAAUGACCAAGCACGUCAUGUCCUCGAGCCAUGCCUACAAGAAUAUGUCAAAACAUUCAAUGCAGGGGAUUUCGAUCGGAUGGCUGAUUUCUAUCAUAAAAACUCGGUGAUGGUUGAAAAAGACAAAAGUGUUCUGUUUGGAAAGAAAGAUAUAGUGGCGUCACUUCUUCAAAUGGCAACGGAUCUAGGAAAAACGAGAAUGGAG